AUGUCACUGAGAUUUGCGGCUAGAAAUGUAUUAAGGAAUGCCAGGCUGUCAAUCAGGUUGCAGUCUACCGAAGUUAAAGCGACUGCUGAAGUUUCCACUGAUGGUGAAGUAAUAUCUAAAGAACGGCUGCGUGAUUUUAAUAUACAAGCACAGCAAAUGCUUGAAGAGGCAUCUCGGUUACCUAUGGAAAAAGCAUUAGAAUUAAAAGAACUCAUGAAUAGUCCGUCGACAAAGAAGGAACAACAAUUGGAUGAGAGGUUGCUUGAAUUUUUCAGAAAAUAUGCGAAAUAUAGCAAGUUCCUGGAACCUCAAAAUAAUUCCACUAAAGUUCUUGAUUUCGAUAUUAAGUUUUCACCCGAACAAGAGUUUCCUUACUUGGUGGAAACGUCUAAAGAUCAAGCAUAUUCUAAGCAAGAGCUAUUUUUACGUCAGUUAAAGCAUGCCUCCCACACUGGUAGACUGGGUGCUGAUAUUAAAGACGUUUAUUUCCCACACAAAGAUAUAUUCAACCCUCCAUCUGUGGAAAAGCUAUCAAUUGAUAAGCUCUCUGCAGCUGGUGUGCAUCUGGGCCAGUCUACUUCUCUGUGGAGAUCUUCCACGCAACCAUAUAUUUAUGGUACGUAUAAGGGAAUUCACAUUAUCGAUUUAAAUAAAACUCUUUCCCACUUGAAGAGAGCUGCACAGGUUGUCGAAGGUGUUGCCGAACGUGGUGGUAUUAUUUUGUUUCUGGGGACUAGAGAGGGCCAGAAACGUGUUUUACAGAAGGCUGCAGAUAGAGUUAAUGGUUAUUAUGUUGCUUCCAGAUGGAUUCCGGGCACUCUAACUAAUCCUAUUGAAAUCUCCAGUGUGUGGGACAGACAUGAGGUUGAUUAUUCUGGCAAACCUACAGGUAGAGAAUUGUCUCUACAUGAGUCAGUAAGCAUUGUAAAGCCCGAUUUGUUAAUCGUGCUGAAUCCUACAGAAAACAGGAACGCUCUAAGAGAGGCUAUGAAGGCUAGAGUUCCAACCAUCGGUAUCAUUGACACAGACUCUGAGCCAUCGAUUGUUACGUAUCCUAUCCCAGGUAAUGAUGACUCCUUGCGUUCUGUUAACUUGCUCAUCAGUAUCUUAGCGAAGGCUGGUGAGAAGGGGUUAGCAAACCGUCGGAGAGAAGUUGUUGAACACUAA